UUUUGACAUGUUUCACUGUGCAACCGGGCGAAAAAUAACCUUGCAUGCAACGUUUGUCGGUGGCCUACCUCGUCUAUGGACAUAAACCGACAUAGCCCACAUCCCCGUUGCUCAUGAUGUGGAUGUGUGUCGCUGUGUUCCUGCUGUGGAUGAGGUCAGGAGGAUGCACAGACAAGGCCAACACGUCAGACCUCAUUGAAUACACAGCUGCAGACUUCUAUGAGAAAUUGCAUUCUGGGAAGAUGAUGUUUAUCUAUUUUGAGCAUCAAGUCUCUCCAACCAUCUCCCUGUUCUUGGUGGAGUUGGAGAAGUCUGCCGAAGCGCUGCAGGAUUACGGAGUCCUGGUUGGCACGAUCAACUGCAACAAGGAGCUGGUUCAAACCUACUGCACAGAUGAAAGGCUGCUGCACACGGCUUUUCUGUUCAGAGGCGGUAAGGAGUUCUUGAGUUUUGAUUUGGACACAGUCUUUGACGUCAACUCCAUCGUCUCUGAAGUCCUGUUCGCCAUCCUGCGUGACGAGGUCAAGUACGUCCACACAGACGCUGAUCUCCUGGCCAUGGAGAAGGCAGCCAGAGGGAAGAAGGAUAUUGUGCUGGGUUAUGUUCAAAGUCUGGGGACGCAAGAGCACAGAUCCAUGAUGGAGACGGCGUACGUGUACGGAUCCAGGUAUCAGUUCAUCCUCAUAACAGGAGGCCCGGUGCUGAAGCACUUAGGCGUGAACGAGUCGUCCCACUCGUCUGGAGUGUGGUUCCUCCACUGCAGAGUUCACAGUGGGUUCAUGACCCCGAUGACCCCUGAGCGCUGCCCUCUGACCCGCAUGAGGAAACCCCUGUCGACCCUGAGCCUCCACGCCUUCCUGCAGCUCAUGGAGGCUCCACUCGUGUCUGAAGUGUAUGACGACCCCUCCUCGGUCCAGCCCCCCCAGUUCCCCUACCAGCAGACCCCCCAGGUCUUCCUCUUCUCUCGUCCCGCCACCGAGCACCUGGACCUGGACACGGCCACCGCUCUGGCCUGGAGGCUGCGCGGCCUCGCCCUGCUGCUGCUCGUACACAGGCAGAGUCCUGCGGUGAGAACCCCUGAUGAAUAUAACGCUGCUUACAGGCUGCCUGAGAAGAGUUCAGAGGUGAAGUAUUUGACCUUACACAGCCUGGAUGAGGUGUUGGACAUCUUCAUAAAUCAAGAAAAAGAGGAAGAGGAAGAGGAGGAGGAGGAGGAUGAAGAGGAGGAUGAUUCACAUUUUGGCAACGUGGACGAUGAAAUUGCGGCAACGGUCUUUGAAAACCGAGGCAACCUGCUGGACAUGGACUCAAUUACGCAGCUGACGUCUGAGAACUUCCACACCGCAGUGGCACAAAGCAGCCUGACAGUGGCGCUCUUCUACCUCAAAUGGGAUGCUGUGUCAAUGGCUUUUCUCAGCUCCUUCAUAGAAGUUGCAGAGUUACUUGCAGAUUCUGAGGUCCACGAUGUUCAGAUGAGUGCGGUGGACUGCGGAGAGUGGACCGACCUCUGCGCCGCUCAGCCAGGCAGCGCCGUCCCGUUCCAGCCAAUCACAGCCUUCCCCAGCGUCCUGCUGCUCCGCCCGCGAGAGUCCGCUCAACCCUACAGAGGAAUGCUGGGCAGUGAGGCGCUGCAUCGCUUUAUCAUGAUGAGCCGCGCUGACUGUCCUCUACUGCUGUCCACCCAGGACGACGUCACAUCCUUCCUUCAGGACGUUUCUCAUCCCGAGCUAACGGGCUACAAGCCUGACAGAGUCGUGGGACUGUUUAAGACGCACACGCCAACAGGUUUACAAGUUUUUACUGCAGCAGCAAAGUCACUGAGAGGAGACGUGCUGAGCGGCCUGCUGACGGAUGGGCCGGCAGAGAAAUGGGCUGCGGGCCUCGCUGUGGACCUUCCUGCAGUGUUGGUGUUUCCUUCUUGGAGGACGCACACACAUCCGUCCGCUCUGCCAGCGUCCUCGUCUGCUGAAGAGCUGCUCACACACAUCAACACCGCCCGGCUCCACCCGAUGCCUGAGCUGACUGUGGAAAACCUGCCGUCCUUCCUCUGGCUGGGUAAAGCCCUGCUCAUUCUCUUCGUGGGAGAGGAGGAGGACGAGAUCGGGCGGCGGCAGAACCAGGCGCUGGUGGAGGAAAUGAGAGGAGUGGUGGAGCUGGGGGGCUGGAGGAUGGAGCGAUACCUGCCCUGCUGGAUCCACCUUGGCCGCACUCCAGCUGGGAUGUCUGUCCUGGGGUCCUACCUGGGCUCUAUGCCUCCUCUUCCUGCACUGGUCCUCACACAUUUGCCCUCUGGAGGUGGAGUCUAUCAGUAUCCGCCCAACACCCCGAUAGCAGCCUCCUCCGUGCUGCUGUGGCUGCAGAGGGUCGAGGAUGGAGCCGAGUCACCGGCAGGGACGCUGGGGGAGGACAGCUGGCCUCCUGCCGCCGACUUCUACGACUUUCUGAACAUCAUGGACACGCAGGAAGCCGACUCCACCCAGCAGCAGAGUCCUAAAGAGGAGGAAGAGGAGGAAGAAGACGAGGAAGAGGUGGAUGUAAAAGAACAUUUGGUGUCUAACGAAGCGACACACGACAACCUGGACAGUAACACCCACUCUGAACUGUGACAGGACGCGAUGGGGUGGAAAUGACACUCCUGAUUAAACUUCAUUCAUCUGGGCUUCGGUUGUUUUCUUUUUUAUUCAUAGCUUACAUCGUUGUCAUUAAAAUGGAGGUUUAAUGCCAGAUUAGUGAAGCUUUCGCGAAACACUUCAUGUUGAACGAUCACAGGGACUUUUUGACACCAUUUCUAUACUCAUAUUUUUAUGUUUAUGUAUUUUAGGUGCUUUUGAUGCCGUAUGAAUCAUCUUGAGGUGUUUCCUCAGGGGGGGAUUUGUAGGAACUGUUUGACUGUCUGGUUUCACUGCUGUGGGUUUGAGUCUCCGUGAACUCUGUGGGUUUUAACAGGAAAGCUGACAGUUCUCUCUUUUUCUUUAUAGAGCUGCUUCUGAUCUACACAUCUGUAGCAAGUGCCACUCUCUAAAAUGUUUGCUCAUUUAAAACCACAAAAACUCGGAAGGAAGUAGUUUGAAAGCGAUACGCACGCAGUUUUUCAUUGUAAUUACAAAUGAAAUGUAUUAAUGAUUAUUUA